UAGGGACGCGGAGCGCGGCUGCUCCGAACUUGUCAGCUAAAAUGAAAAAACCUGCCUCGAAAACUAGCUGUUUGGAUAAAAGUUAGCGAAGCGCUGCAAAAAGCGAGCAAACAGAGAACGCGGUAUCAAUUUCUCAAUGCAAACGUUUGUGAAUUACGCGAGAAUUGAUUGCGUCUAUUUAAUCGGCACGCGUGGCCACGCUCACACGCUCCAUUUUCUCUUCAAAUAUCACCUAUCCAUCUCGAAAGUGGAAAAGACGUCACGAGAACAUGAAAAGAGGGAAAGUUUGUCGUUCGCGAAGGGGAAAAGGAAUUACUUGGGACAUCUGGGAAGUCGAGGAACUCGUAAGUCGAUUCUCCCGCAUCGUUCACGCGAAAACUUCACCGGGUCAUUUGUGUCACGAGACGGAAUUGGUAAAAUUUGUGAGUCGUGAAACAAAGUUGUGCACGUUCAAACGAUCUCUCGGAAAGCACGAUAUUGAAGUAUUAUCUGAGUGAAGUUGACUUAUCAGCGUUAGCUGUGCGUAUACGAAACAACAAAUGACCGAUGACUACUAGCAAACUAUGCGAUGACUGGCUGACUAACGUUGCUCGAUUGCCACUGACCAUCGUCGACGGUAAGCCCUUGGAACACAAACACAUCGGUGUCAGAUGGUGGUAAACAGUCGAUCGGCGAUCAUCGCGCUGCUUGGACAUACGUAAACGUGCGUAUAAGCUACGUAACGAGUGUGAGAGUGGGCGCGCGAGUGUGAUCAACCGGUGCAGACCGCGAUUCCGCUGUCUGUCUAGCAGCCUGCCGUGCCAACGUGCCUUCGUGCCAGCACCGUGUUACCGUACCAGAAAGUGUCUCAUCGAGAGUGUAUCACGCCCACAUUGGCGUCUCUAUUUGCACGUUACUCGAAUUCGGCCAUGAGGACCGCCGUCUGACCGAUCGCCAUCCAACUACUUAACUGCAUCGUCGUUCAUCCGCUCCGGUCGUAGCCAUCGUAUCAUCCCGGCUUCCUCGCUCGAGUAUCGGAGGAAGAAACGCCGGAUCAUGAACUCUAACGCCUUCGGGUACGAUUCGAGACCGUGGAUGCAGCCAGGUAUCGGAGGCGGAGGUGGCGCGGCCCACGUAGGUGGGACAGGUGACGACGAGGCUCCGAAAGAUCCCGGUGUUCGGAUCACUCAUCAAUCUUACACCGAGAAAGAUUUCGAAGGUCACAGAGCGCACACGGUAUAUGUGGGCGUGCAUCUACCAGGCGAAAGGAGACAUCGUCGUCAUCACAAGCACCAUCAUUCUCAACGUCAGUUGGGAACAAGCAGUACCGAUAAGGAGAAUGUCGACAACGAUAGGCCCAGACAAUUGCUGAUGACUCGAAGGAGUCGACUAUCUAAUAUCUGCGAUCCCGACGGCGAGAUGAUACUUACGCCGCCAGCCCAGAGGGUGCAGUUUAUUCUGGGCGAGGAAGUCGGGGACGAUGCCCACGAGUCCCACCCCCUCUUCUCCGAGAUGGAGGAGCUCGUCAAGGAUGGUGACGAGAUGGAAUGGAAGGAAACGGCCAGGUGGAUUAAGUUCGAGGAAGACGUGGAGGAGGGUGGAAAUAGGUGGAGCAAACCUCACGUAGCGACGCUCUCGCUACACGCUCUCUUCGAGCUAAGGAGCCUGCUGUUAAAUGGAACUGUGAUGUUGGACAUGGAGGCGGCGAGUUUGGAACAAAUCGCCGAUUUGGUACUCGAUAACAUGAUCAACAAGGGCUCCUUGCCGAUCGAGGCGAGGGAAAAGGUCAGGGAAGCUCUUCUGGUGAGGCAUCGACAUCAACACGAGAGACGCAAGGAUAAUAACAUGUCCAGGCUACCAAUUAUCAGAUCCUUGGCCGAAAUAGGUCGAAAUCAUUCCUCUUCGAAGAAUUCCGACUGUACUUGUGGUUUGCAUGCGUUGUUGACGUCAGAUUUACAGGAGCGUCGCGACGCUAGGGACGCCUACGCUCCCUCCGUCGCUCGCAGUAGCAGUUGCCCGAAUUCGAAUACGGCUCUGCUUUCGAAAGAAGCGAAAGAUCUGAAAGGACCGUACCUUCUAGUUCCAGACGAAUUCGGCAUUCCCCACGUGGUCGGAUUCACAGCAUGGUUCGCGAUGUGUCAACUAAAAGUGGAGGAAUCGAAUUCUGCCCCGGCGAUCGCCGGCGCUACAAGUCACGGCAGUGGGCCAGCGCUGAAUGCCGGUAGCCGCUUCCUUGCCAUACCCGGUAAUCCCGGCCAAGAACCAGGCACCAACGGGAUGGAUCGAAGUCCAAGCAGCGUGUCAAUUAGCCGAAAUCACAGUUCCUCCGCCUUAGAAAACGGAGACGCAAAUCACAAGGGUAAUACUCAUUUUAUGCGGAAAAUACCAGCUGGAGCCGAGGCGAGCAACAUUCUCGUAGGAGAAGUCGAUUUUUUAGAUAAAACGCUGUCAGCUUUUAUUCGGCUAAGCCAGGCGGGAAUAAUGGGUGACUUAACGGAAGUUCCUGUGCCAACAAGAUUUAUAUUUGUCCUGCUCGGACCUACGGGAGGAAUCACAGGUUUCCACGAGAUUGGCCGUGCCAUGGCUACGCUGAUGUCCGACGAAGUCUUCCACGACGUGGCGUACAAGGCCAAGAACAGAAAUCAUCUACUUGCAGGAAUCGACGAGUUUUUAGACGCUGUUACGGUUCUACCGCCAGGAGAAUGGGACCCUGCGAUCAGAAUAGAACCGCCUGCCGCUAUUCCUUCGCAGGAUGUAAGGAAGCGACCAAAAGAAGAGAAACCGAAGGAAGACCCAGACGACGAAGCAGACGAGCAAAAGUUGAGGGAAGAAUCCGGUCUAUCGAGAACUGGCAGGCUUUUCGGUGGCUUGGUAAACGACAUAAAGAGAAAAGUGCCGUUUUAUUUUUCCGACUUCAAGGACGCGUUAGCUCUUCAAUGCGUAGCCUCUUUUAUCUUCCUGUAUUUUGCCUGCCUCUCGCCUAUAAUUACAUUUGGUGGUUUGCUGAGCGAAGCCACAGGCAAAAAUAUGGCCGCCAUGGAGUCGCUCGUUUCCGGUUUCGUUUGCGGCAUCGGAUAUGGAUUUUUCUCUGGUCAACCUCUCACCAUUCUCGGUUCCACCGGCCCAGUCUUAGUCUUCGAGACGAUAGUCUACGAAUUUUGCAAGAAAUCAGAUUGGAACUACAUGUCGUUCCGCUUCUGGAUCGGCUCGUGGAUAACACUGAUUCUGGUAAUCCUCGUGGCGAUCGACGCUAGCGCUUUCGUGUGCUACAUCACGCGGUUCACAGAGGAAAACUUCGCCACUCUGAUCGCGUUUAUCUUCAUUUACAAGGCCAUUGAAAACGUAUUGUCAAUCGGCAAAAAGUAUCCUAUAAAUACUCAUGCGAACGAACCGUUCAACUACGAGUGUUGGUGCAAGCCGCCGAAUGGCAGCCUGCCGUCCAGCUACGACAACAUUAAUUGGACGGCGCUCGAUCAAAAAACAUGCCAGAGUUACAACGGCACGCUGGUGGGCGAUGGUUGCAACCUACCGCACUACAUACCCGAUGUGUUCCUCAUGUCAAUUAUACUAUUCAUGGGCACAUUCUUGCUAUCCGUCGAGCUCAAAGAUUUCAAGAACGCUCUCUUCUUUCCAUCAAAGGUCAGACAGGUGGUCAGUGAUUUUGCUGUGAUCAUCGCGAUUUUUUCGAUGAGCACGCUCGACCAUUUCGUGAAUAUUCCAACGCCCAAGCUCGAAGUACCGGAGGAAUUCAAGCCGACGUUGGCCGGUCGGGGAUGGAUGAUCUGGCCUUUUCAAAGCAAUCCAUGGUGGAGCGCCAUCGUCGCGUGUCUGCCAGCUCUCUUAGGCACUAUACUGAUUUUUAUGGAUCAACAAAUUACAGCCGUGAUAGUCAAUAGGAAAGAGAACAAAUUAAAGAAAGGAUGCGGCUAUCAUUUGGAUCUGUUCGUCCUUGCGAUCCUGAUAGAAAUUUGCUCGGUGAUGGGACUGCCCUGGUUCGUCGCGGCAACGGUGCUCUCGAUCAAUCACGUGAAUUCGUUGAAGCUGGAAUCGGAAUGUGCCGCGCCAGGCGAAAAACCGCAGUUUCUCGGUGUCCGCGAACAGCGUGUUACACACAUUUUAAUUUUUUUGAUGAUCGGCUGCUCGGUUCUGCUCACGCCAAUGUUGAGACACAUACCGAUGCCGGUGCUGUUUGGAGUUUUCCUCUACAUGGGAGUUGCUUCGUUGAAGGGACUUCAAUUUUUCGACAGAAUUUUAAUCAUGCUGAUGCCGGUUAAAUACCAACCUGACUAUAUGUUCCUUCGGCAGGUACCAUUGAAACGCGUUCAUCUGUUUACAACGAUACAGUUGACUUGUUUAGCCUGCUUGUGGAUUAUCAAAUCUUUCAGCAGUACCUCCAUCCUGUUUCCUUUGAUGUUGGUGGUGAUGAUUGGGAUACGAAAGUCCUUAGACCUGUUGUUCACUCAACGCGAGUUAAAGAUCUUGGACGACGUAAUGCCGGAACCAAGCAGGAAACACGCCGAAGAUCUACGACAACUGGAGAGCGGCGAGGAACAGAACGAGUCUAUGGCAUACGGACCGUCGGGAAACAUACAGAUUUCGUUAGCGAACGGCAACAUUAUGAAGAUCCCAAUGGCGAGCAUCAAUAUCAGCGAAGAGGUGAAUAAAACCGGGAUUUGGCAACAAGUGAACGAAGGCAACGAGAAAACGAAACAAGUGAAACUUAUCAACGCGGGAAAGCAGAAGAAGCACUCGAAGAAGGAAAACCUGUUGACGGCUGACGAGACUACGAGGCUGACUACGAUGACCGAAGAGGACGAAGAUGACAGUGGAAUCUCUAUCAAGGUAGACUUGAUACGAUCGAAGGAAAGCAUCAGCCCGUUAACGAUUAACGGCACUACUUCGGCCGAGACUUCUGUCUAACAAAAACAACGCUACAUUGGGAACGAACGCUCGCGAUCAUCUUUGAACGAUCACUCGAUCUUUGAACGAUUCCGAAGAUUCUCUUUUCCUUUAGUUCCAAUUUAAACGGUACAAAGCACGUUUUGAUUUUCCUCGUACGCGUUAUCGUCCAGUCAUGGUAAACGCGAUCAUCGCGUGGUCAGGAACAGUCGAGAAGAGUUAUUAAAAGGACAAUAUUUUAUAGGAAAUGGAAUUGCACGCGAGACUAUCUAAUUUCAUCGCGUUGUAGCUUGGACGAGUGCAAUUAACAAACGCCACUGACGGAUACCUAUAUGUAGCUGUCGUGAACCUUUUAUUCGUAAGAAAGGAAGAAAAAAGAAACGCACACAUCAUUGAAACUUAAAGUAGAGCGAUCUAGAUUUAAGGCUGGAUUUGUUGAUAAAUCGACGCGUGAAUUGUCAUCGCCGGAUCUCGAAUCUAUUCUUGUCAGUGCGCAAUAACGUAUACUUGUAAUCUAGCGAUUAUAUGGAUUAAGUAGUUUGUGCCCAUAGAAAGUACGCCAAGAAAACCCCUUUGGAUAUAUCGACGUUUCCUUCGAGGGAUGUCUCACAGAGGAGCUUGACCGAUACGCGUCGUCGAUCAUAGAGAAAGCGCCGAAAAGGUCGGUAUUACCCCCAGUGACGAGACUCAUUCUUCACCAACGCUCAUGCAACAUUAACAACAUUCCUCUAGCACGAUUGGAUUUUAUUAAAAUUGUUGAAGUUUCCAAUACACGCCAGAUACCGGCCAACAGCGACAAUAUAUUCAUUAUACGGUAAAUGUACAGCAUCUUUUUUACGCUGAGAAUAGGAAAAUUCGAUUGUGUGGAAGAAAAUUCGUACGCAAGGAUAUUAGAGAAGAGUUUUCCAUGUUUUUUAUCGAAAUUUUAGCACGACUGAAUUUCCAUGCGUAACGCCGUCCCUUGAAGGAUGUCCUUUUCGUUCGAAAAAAGGAAUAAUGAGAUUUUUAACGUACUGCAGUCUUUCAGAACAUUGCGCGGAUCGUUACACGAAUAAGCUGUUAUUUCUCCUUCUUCGCCGGUUUUCAACCGACACAGACACGGAAACGAACCGAUUGGUGCGAGAAUAUUAGAAGAGAAUAAUUUCAUACGAUAUUUUUCAAGCGACACGUUAUCAAAUUAUUACACGUUGGAAUAAACCUCCGAGGAUUUGCAAGUCCGCUCGAGAAAUGCGUGAUAAGUUCGUCGAUAAAUGAGAUUAGGUCUUCGUAUUUGGUGAGAAGAUGAGAUAGUAGCACUAUAGGUUAAUGAUAAAGAAAGGUGAGAGGCAUUAAUAGGCCUCCACCUGUAUAUACAACAUAUAUUGGAACAUCUCUAUCGAUAUAUGUAUUAUACAUACAGCAAAGUACGAUACGAAGCAGCCGUUCGUCUUGAUGUUACGUGUGUUUGUAUAAAUUUAAGGAAGAAAUUCGCACGCAGAUCUAUACACGCUCGCAAUGGGAAAGAAAUUAUAGAAGCGCAUGCGAGCGUUCUCGAUCCCGUUUCAGACACAUGUUUGCCAUAAGCUAACGGGCUACGAUCGUCAUUAUAGUAUUUUAAAUGGUUGUGAUUAGAAUUUUGAACAUUUUAUGGAUGAUGUGUAAGUACUUCCUAGUGAAAGAACAGUGAUUUCAAUAAUUUUGUAAAUCUUACGCGACGUAAACAAAAUUCUGCUUUAAAAGGUUCGCGUGACAAAUUAUAAUAACAGAGCAGUGAAUGCGCGUGAUACGGUAUUCCGCUAUAUUUUCAAUUUACAUAUUUUUUAAAAAUCGCGAACACAUUUGCUGCAACUUUUUACAAAGAUAUCCCGAGAGUGUGCCGCGCCGUGUUUAGAAGACCUAGUUUCCUGCCCAAAGUAUCUAUUUGCAACGGAAUACCGUUAAUGAUAAGAAUGGAUACCGAAGUUGAAAGCGUAGAAAUUUAUUUUAGGUACUGAAAUAGAAUUUUGUUACGAGCAAAAUAAGUUCAGCGUAUAAACGCGGAGUUGUUUAUCCUCGCAUAACAUCGCAUCAAACAUCAUUCAAUUUUCAUCAUGAAUAAAAGUGUACGUAACAAAUAACUUCCUUAAUGAUUAACUAUAGUUCGUAUAAGGAAUAUACACACUUUGGACACUUGCUUCGGUGGUCAUAUAUGUGUGUGUAUAUACGAACAAACGAGGAAACUCAUUGCGAGCAACAAUUGUAUAUAAUCAGUUGCAAUCAUAUAAUUCGCUGCCAUGCAUGCAAUCGAUGUAUUAGUCCUCCUUAACGGAAUUGCUGAUAAAUCCUAAUGAAAAAAGAAAAAGAAACAAAUACAAUAUUGAUUACCCACAAAA